UCUUGGCGCCGUUGCAGACGCAAUAGAAAGACAAAAGAUGCCCGAUACAUCUGUUCCACAUCCAAGUUGAAACAAUUUGAUCUGUAGCUCUUUUGAGCCAAACUGAAACAUUGAAGCUGCAGCUGUUUUAUUGGGUAGCCGCUGCUACUGCAACUUUAGUAUAUAAAUAUUGCUGUUUGGCGACACUUACAGUUAGUCGUAUUUUGGCAUUCUUAGUGCAUUAAGCUUAAUUAAAUAAUUCAUUAAUAUUGUAUAUAUAAAUAUUUUUUUUUAAAUCAUUAUGAUUUUGGCGAGGCUAAAAGUACUCUUUAUCCUGCCAUUCGCAAGCUUAUUUCUCGCCGCGAAAUCAGAGCUUGUCGCAAUUAUCGAUCUCAAUGCCAACUGGACGGUGACAAAUCAGAAUUUGUCGAUCAGCAGAAGCAAUAUUCAAUUGCCAUCUGGCGUUUACAGCGUUUUGUAUGGCGAAAAUAUAUUGAAUUCCUACAAUGACAUCAACAUGCGUUGGGUAUCUCUGGACAACUGGACUUACACGAGAGCAUUUAAAGUUUCCCGGGCCCAAUUGGCACAACAUAAUUGCAAUUUAACCUUUCACGGUAUCGAUACAGUCGCAGAGAUUCGUUUAAACAGCCGCGUACUGGGUCGCACGGACAAUAUGUUUGUGCGCUAUAGUUACGAUGUCAGCGAUUUGUUGAACGAAGAUAAUAUAUUCGAAGUGCAAAUAUUCUCACCUGUGCAAAUGGCGAAAAAUCGUGCAUAUGCCUUCGGUGUCAAUGGCACGACUUACCCGCCGAAUUGUCCAUCCGAUCGCUAUCACGGCGAAUGUAAUGUCAAUAUGUUGAGAAAGAUGCAAGCGAGUUUUGCAUGGGAUUUCGGCUUGGCAGCGCCAUCGAUGGGCAUUUGGAAGAGCGUAAACUUGGAAUGUUAUGGGGUUGCCGUCAUACGUGAUGUGGAUGUGGUGACGAGUCGCACAAAAACUUACUGGAAAGCCGAUAUAAAUGUCUACUUGGAUUUCACUGGAAACGAGGACUUCUUUGGUGAACUCAAAUUUUAUGCUUUUGGACUGCUUGAAGAACCUCUCAUCGUUAAGGACUUUGUGAAAGAGCCUAUUUCGCGCAAAAAGGCUGUAAUAACAUUUUCACAAACUUUUCCUUUGAACUCCGUUAUACCUUGGUGGCCCAAUGGCUAUGGCAUUCAAAAACUUUAUACUUUCAAUUUCGUGCUGAACGCAUGGCUAAGCAAUGAAGGACCGACAGCUGCGUCGCCAAGUGUCUCCCAAAAAUCUAUACGCAUUGGUUUUCGUACAGUUGAACUAGUGGAACAGGAGUUACCGAAUCGUGAGUUGCCAGGUAGUGGCUAUACAUUUUUAUUUCGCAUUAAUGGUGAGGAGAUUUUCAUGAAGGGUGUCAAUUAUGUGCCAUCGCAUAUUUUGCCAGAAAAAAUGGAGGAUCCAGAACGACUCAAACACCUGCUCACUUCGGCCAAAGAUGCGCACAUGAAUAUGAUACGUGUUUGGGGUGGUGGAAUUUACGAAUCGGAUUUUUUCUAUGAUCUCACUGACUCAUUGGGGCUACUCGUUUGGCAAGACAUGGCAUUUGCUAGCACAACAUAUCCAGUUAAUGAAGACUUUCUCACCUCCGUACGCAUCGAAGUGCUGCAGAAUGCACGUCGCAUUGCACACCAUCCCAGUUUGAUUGUGUUCGCUGCGAAUAGCGAAAACGAAUUAGCUUUGGCCCAAAACUUAUUUGGCACUUUGGUUGAACAGAAACGUUUCGAAAAUGAAUAUCGUACACUAUAUUUGAAUAACGUCGUUGGUGUAUUGAAGAGUAUGAACCAUCCAGCACGCGUGCCGUCACUUGUUUCAACUCCGUCGACAGGGAAGCGGGGUGAAAAAUAUACCUACAUCUCGCCGGAUCCGCAAAGUGCACAAUAUGGCGAUGUACACUACUUUGUGGUACACCAAAAUGGUUGGAAUGUUAACAUCUAUCCCACGCCUCGUUUCGUGUCCGAGUAUGGUUUCCAGAGUUUGCCGCGGGUAGAAGCUUGGAAGCGCAGCAUGUUGGCGGGUGAGAAUCUAAUGGAAAUAAUGCGUCAUCGUCAACAUCAUCCCAUGGCUAUGUUACCAAUUGUGAAUUUAAUACGUCCAAAUCUACCGUUGCCAUUGACGAAAGACAGCCGCUACACAGAUGCACUGAUUUAUUUCAGCCAAAUCGCACAGGCCAUGGCGCUGAAAGUCGAAACCGAGUGGUAUCGCAGUUUGCGCAACACUGAACAUCGUACGAUGGGCGCCCUCUACUGGCAGUUGAACGAUGUCUGGGUUGCACCUUCAUGGUCUACCAUCGAUUUUUAUGGCAACUAUAAGCUCGCCUAUUAUUGGUCUCAAGAAUUUUUGGCGCCCAUUACAUUGAUUGUCUUACCCGAUAGCGCCACGAAGGCUAUUAACAUGACUGUCGCUUGCGAUCUUUUGGAAGUGGGCAGUGAAGGUAUGCAUGUAACAGUACAACUUUAUAAAUACAACUCGCUGAAGCCAGUGAAUUAUACCACAUUUGAUGUGAACUUGAAACCGAACGCAGUACUCGAGAGUCGUUCGUUUGCAAAAAGCGAAAUCUUUAAAAAUUACACCACUGAAAGGAACACCUUCAUGUAUUUUGUCUUGCAUAGCGGCUCUAAGGAAAUUUCUUCCACCUACCACUUUCCCACCGCUUUAAAUACAGCUGAAGGGAUCAGCGAUCCCGCUUUGUCGUUUGAUUUACAAUGGAUCCAUUGCGUUGAUGGGGAUAGAUCAUUUAAAAAUGCCUAUACUCUGAAGAUCAUGGUGAAGAAACCCGCAUUCUUUGUGUACGUGGACAUAAUUCAUCCGAAGGUCGGCAAGUUUAAGCUCUCGCGCAAUGGAUUUAUGCAGGUUAAAGAAUCCAUAAAGGUGACUUUAGCAUUUUAUGCGGAAGAGUGCAUCAUCUUGCAAAAAUCCAAUGUGGUGAUUAAAACCGUAAAUGAUUUUAUGUUGUAGAGAUCAAGAAGGAAUUAAAGCUAUGACAAUGUAAAUUAAUAUGUAUGUAUUUAAGUGAAAA